CAAGCAAAUGAUUUAGCUGGAGGAACUGCUCAACCUCAAUUUAAUGCUAAUGUCUUGAAAAAAAUAUUAGUUCUCGUUCCCAGUUUAGAAAAACAAAGAGAAAUAAUUCAAGGAAGAGAAAAGGAACGGCAGAUAAUCAAUCAUCAAAAGCAAAGUAUUAUUCUAUUGGAAGAAAAAGCAAAAAGUUUCUUGGUUAGCCUUUGA